CAAUAAAAGUACAGGUGGGGACUUGGAGGAUACGUUGACAAGUUGCAUAUAUAUGCAACUCAGCCUUGACUUCAAGAUAUGUCUCAAAACUUGUCAUCAAAUAUCAAAACAUGGCCCCUAGGAAGAAGAAAGAUUUAGUAACAAGUGAAGAUCCCCACCAGCAGUUACUCAACUUCAUUGGAAGGCAACCUCAUUUGAAGUUGAUCCAAAGUGUAGGUUCUGCUGGUGUCACGAAAUCGUGGAAAAUAGCAACAAACCGACGAUGUGUUCCUAGUUUUAAAGCCCCACUGCUUCAACUUUAUCAUGCUGAUAGUGAUCAUCAUCAAUGCCAUGGCCGCUACACUCUCAGCAUCUCAUUUUAUCAAGGUUUCUAUCGCUGGCGGUGGAGAAGUAGAAGGUCACCAGAGAAAAGUUGGGACCAGUUUCUUGGUUGCUCUCAUGGCCUGAUUUUGACUCCUUCCUCUUUUUUGGAUCUCACACAAUCCUUUCUUGACCUAACCAUAAUGCUUCCUUCCUGGGAUGCUCAUCAGGUUCCAAUCAGAAGUGCCACUUUAUCUUCAUUUCCAGUGGAUCCUAAUGGCUGCAAUGUGAUGGCCAUCACAGGCUGUGAUUCUCCUGCUUUUGGAGUUUCUCGUGUAGAUUGCUUGACUGAAAGAAGAUGGUGUUAUUUCGGGGCACUGGAGUGGUCUAAGCAAGAUAGCACCCUCAUUGACCCCAAUGAUUCAGAACAGCAACUCAUGAAAUUCACCAAUGUAGUUGGCUAUAGUGGCAAAUUUUAUGCAUUGACUCUGCAGGGAACUCUGGCAGUAAUAGAAGAAGUUAAUUCUCAGUUUCAUAUCACAAAGUUAUGCAGAAGGCGCGCUGUUCCUUCGGUACCAUCAAAGCGUUUCACCGAGUACUUACUUGAAUCCGGUGGAGAAAUCUUGUUGGUUUUCCUCAUAUGCAGAAAAUCAGUUAUGUCUGUUGAUCAUGUUGAGGUCUUGAAGCUUCAGCUUGGGGAUGAACUCUCAUGGAUAAAGAUGGAAAGUCUUGGUGAUAGAACAUUGUUUGCAGGGAUUAAUAGCUGCUUCUCAGUCACUGCAACCCAAGUGGGUUGCAGAAGAAACUCUAUUUACUUCACUCAUCUCUCAAAGGAUUCUUGGAGGCUAUAUGACAUGGAAACUGACACCAUUUUGCCCUGUUAAAUGGUUCUGAACUUAAAUCUCCAAAAUGGGAAGAGCCCACAGAUGGGCAGUAAAAUAAUGUAUAAUGAAAUCUGUCAUCAUCAUAAGUCCAUUUUUCUGUGUAUUGCAAAACUUUGUAUGUUAUAAGCUCUUCACCUCCCUUUCUAUUUGAUAACUCUUCAUGAGUCUUGAUCUUCAUUCUAAAUUGUAUUUUUUUUUUU